UACAGUGCGACAACAGGCAAUUCCCAAUUCCCAUUACGAGUUUCAAGUUUAAGCUCAGAGUCAGUCUCAGUCUCGGUCUCCAAGUCGGACUCAGUGCUAAACGACAACGCGACGCGAGUGGACGAGUUUUUGUCUAGCUGAGAUUUAUUAAUAAGCCGAUUCAAAAGUGACAGAAGAAGCAAAAAAAACAAACUAAGCCAAAGGCAAAAGCGAAACCAGAUAAAGUGUGUAUAGCCACGAAAUGUUUGCCAAAUUCGGAGCACUUUGCUUGCUGUUGCUGCUGCAAGCAACACUCGGCCCAGCACAGCUGAUUACACUGAAGGAUGGCAAGGUGGGAGUCAACUUUGCCGGCUACCACGCGGAUGCCGGACUGGGAGGAUUGCUGACAGGCAACUCUGCCCACGGCGGACUCAGCGCCUCGGCGGGCACUCCGUGGGGAUCGAGGGCAGCCGCAGGUCUCGGUGGUGGCCUGGAUGGACGCACCGCUGGCGGAGCUUAUGCCGCUGCUCAGGCUAACGAUGAUGUUGGCGCUAGCGCCGUCCUGGGCGGCACAGUGGGUCAACGUGGAUACAUUGGCGCCGAGGCUCACCGUCCUGGCAAGGUGUCCGGCUCCUCUGCCCAUUUGACGCCCCAAUAUGCGACCUCUGCGCCAGUUUCAAUCCAAGAUCAACCGGCUGCGUUGCCAACUCACUCGACCUACGUACAACGGGUGAAGCCACCUAAGAAGUAUUCUCUGAUUGCUCCCAGUCAAGCAGCGGCUAAGAACACUUACAAGACCGCUGUUCAGAGACCACAAAUUCAAAAUCACGUCAUUGCCCCGCAGGCUCAGAACACCGUUGUUGGUAGCGCACUGGAAAUUCCCAUUGGCAUUUUGCGCUCCCUGCAGUUCAGCCUCGGCAACUUGGUCAACGGAGGACAACCUGCCCCCCAGGCGCCUAUUUUACCCUACCAAGGUUAACCUCGUAUUUGUUUACGAUAUACUCAAUAACAUGUACUCAAUUAAUAAAUAAUAAAAUCUUCCACUAAUUAAAACAAUCCAA